AUGAAGCCGAUCAUCUUCAUAUUCAUUUGUCUACAUCUCUCAGAGGGACUAGUGAGAGUCCCUCUGAAGAGAUAUAAAUCCAUUCGAGAGACUAUGAAAGAGAAAGGUGUUCUGGAGGAGUUUGUGAAGACACACAAAAGGGAACCAGGCAUAAAAUAUAACUUGCUCCAACAGAAUGACUUUGGUGUAGUCUAUGAGCCUAUGUACUUGGAUACAUAUUACUUUGGUGAAAUCAGUAUUGGAACACCACCCCAAAACUUUUUGGUUGCCUUUGACACUGGUUCAUCAAAUCUUUGGGUGGCUUCUUCAUAUUGCCAAAGCCAAGCCUGCACCAAUCACCCGUUGUUCAAUCCCAGCCAAUCCUCCACUUAUACCUCCAAUAACCAACAGUUUUCCAUGUGGUAUGGCAGUGGCAGCAUGACCGGCAUACUAGGAUAUGACACAGUGACAGUUCAAGGAUUGUCCAUACAGAACCAGGAACUGGGUCUGAGUGUGACUGAGCCAAGUAGCUUCUUCUACUAUUCCAAAUUCGAUGGUAUCUUUGGGAUGGCCUAUCAGACAUUGUCAGCAGGAGGUGCGACCACUGCAGUGCAAGGACUAAUCCAGCAGAAUCUGAUCCCAGAGCCAGUCUUCAGCUUCUACCUGACAGGUCAGUCAGGGGAAGUGAUCUUUGGUGGAGUAGACAGCAGCCUUUAUUCUGGACAGAUUUCCUGGACUCCGGUCACUCAGGAGAUCUAUUGGCAGAUAGCUAUUGAAGAGUUUUCUGUUAAUGGUCAGGCCACUGGCUGGUGCAGUCAAGGAUGCCAAGGCAUCGUCGAUACUGGAACCCCUCUUUUAACUAUUCCACAGCAAUAUCUGAGCUCCCUUCUUCAGUCCAUUGGUGCUCAGCAAGCAGAGAAUGGAAACUAUAUAGUCAACUGCAACAAUGUACAGAGCCUUCCUCCCAUCAGCUUUACCAUCGGUGGAACCCAGUUAUCAAUUCCACCUUCUGGAUAUAUUCUUCAGAUGAAUGGAUAUUGUGUUGUCGGGUUUGAGGAAACCUAUCUGCCUUCCCGUAAUGGACAGCCACUCUGGAUUCUGGGAGACGUCUUCCUUCGUCAGUACUACUCUGUCUAUGACUUUGGGAACAACCAGGUUGGCUUUGCUGCCAUGGCAUAA